UUACAUGUAUCUUUGUUGCAAUUCAUUGUGUUUGUUUUGGCCAAUCAGCUCUCUAGGAAUUGUGGGAGUUGAAGUCCAAAACACCUGGAGGGAGGGCCCAAGUUUGCCCAGGCCUGGCUCUGUAGAAUAAGCCUCUUAAGCAUUGCACACACUCAGAGGAAAGAAAACCCUUUUUGAACGCUUGCCAAGACAAUAACAACAACAAUCACUAGAAGGCGCGCAAAAGCAGCCAAUCUGAGUGGGACAUCAGACGUGACGUCAGAGCCCCCGCUUUCCUGUGCGGGUGCGCGCGCGCGCAUAGGAGAGGCAGCGGGAGCGCGCGCCGGCCUCCUUGCCUGAUUCUGUUGCUUCUGUUGCUGUUGUGUCUGCAAACCUUGGCUUCCCGCUUCCACGUCCCUCGGUCGGAAAAGACAAUGGAUACAGCCAGCCACAGUCUGAUCCUUCUCCAGCAGCUCAACAUGCAACGGGAGUUUGGCUUCCUCUGCGACUGCACGGUUGCAAUUGGAGAUGUGUACUUCAAAGCCCACCGAGCUGUCUUGGCGGCCUUUUCGAACUAUUUUAAGAUGAUAUUUAUUCAUCAGACAAGUGAAUGCAUAAAGAUCCAGCCAACAGACAUCCAGCCUGAUAUAUUCAGCUACUUGCUCCACAUCAUGUACACCGGAAAGGGACCGAAACAGAUGGUCAAUCAAACCCGGCUGGAGGAAGGCAUCCGUUUCCUGCAUGCUGACUAUCUUUCCCGCAUGGCGAUCGAAAUGAACCAGGUGCUCUCUCCGGAGACACUGUCCUCCUCAAACCUGUACGGGAUCCAGAUCUCCACCACGCACAAGACCAUCAAGGAAAACCUCCAGGCGAAGGAAAGUUUAACCAGCCUCGGGAGUCGGACUGCUAGUCAGGGAGACCACCCCCAGCUUCAGCUGUCUCUGGCCAUUGGGCUCGACGAUGGCUCUUUGGAGCAGCAAAUUUCUCAUCCUUCUGUCCAAACAGCUACAAAACCGACAGAGGAGCCUGCAAACCCACCUGUAACUAUAAAACAGGAGAAAAUUGACCCGGAGCCAAUUGUAUCUCAGAGUCAUGCUUCUUCUUCCCCGGAGGUCAGGAGCCCAGACUUUUCUAAAACCAACCUCAAAGUUCAUUUAUGUCAAUAUUGCGGGGAACAUUUUGAAUCUCGAAGCAACUUGCGUGAGCACUUGUUUACUCAUGUGUCAGGAUCUUUGCCAUUUGGGGUCCCAGCCUCGAUCCUGGAAAGCAAUGACCUUGGCCAGCUCCAGCCCCUCAACGAAAACCAUGACGUUGUUGACAGUCACCAGCUUGACUCUUUCCUUCGGAGAGAGAGUGAGCAUCAACUGGAACAUCCAACCCGUGGCAACCUGGAACCGCUGCCCAUUGGUCAGCUUUCUCUGGUAUCCAAAGACUCAGAGCCCAUGGAGUUAAACUGCAACUUUUCCUUUUCACGGAAAAGGAAGAUCAGCUGCACGGUCUGUGGCCACAAGUUUCUUCGAAAGAGCCAGUUGGUGGAGCACAUGUACCUGCACAAAGGGAAACACUUCAAACUGGGAAGAUGCCAGAGACUGGCCCCAAAAUUUCAGCCAUACAGCGACAGUUGGAUUCAGAGUAUCCCCAAAAAUGCCACCCACUCGCAAGCUCAUGCCGACUCCCAAAACACAUUGGAUCCUGAUCUUGCUCAAGAGAACAUUGCCACCAUCCUUGUCGAAUAGCUCCUUUGUUGUCUGUCCUUUUAAUUAUAUGUGUUUUUAGCACACGGAUGGAUAGCAUUCAUCUCUGUGUCCCUUUCGCUAGUGCCAAAAGUGUUCUUCUAAAAUAUGAACAGCUACUUGAAAGCCCCAUUCUCUGUUCAUUUCAUAGUAUUAAGGGCAUAACUGUUUACCACAGUCAUCCUGGGAAGAAACCAAUGGGGAGACCUUGUGGGAAAGGCAGUAUUAUUAUUAUUAUUAUUAAUAAUAAUAAUAAUAACCUGCCUCUCCUUGUGGCUUGAGGUGGGUUACAGAAUUAAAACACAUAAACAUUGUGAAAAUACCACAAAUGUUCUUCUAUAAAAGAAACAUAUUAAAAAGUAUUUCUAUAAAAAUGUAUUAAAAUGCACAACACAGAUUAAAUGAAUGACAUAUGUUCAAAAUUCAUGUUUAAAAACUGACUGGGUAGGUAGGCCUGCUGGAAGAGAUAGGUCUUCAGAUGGUGUAUGAUGUAACUAGAGUUGUGCGCAGAAUUAGUUUCUCCAGUUUUUUUAGUUUCUUCGGGAGCACGGAACAGGAAGCCCGCUCCCUGCGCGAAAAUCAGCUCAACACGAAAGCAAGCAGGAGCCAAUCCUGGCUCCAAGCCUGCUUUCGUCUGUAGCUGAGUGCCCCCGAAAACUUGCCUCCUUGCCUUGGAAAGUGUGUGGGGCAUAUGCAGGCCCAGAGAGAGUGUGUGCUUGCUAGUAUCUGCAGCCUAGCGUUUCUUACUCUAGAGUAAGAGGUGCUUGGCUGCAGGCGCACAUGCUUUCCAGACCUGCACACCAUGCCAUACAUGCACUCUCUUUCCAAGGAAAUGUGCGUGCCUGUCAGUGUCUGCAGCCAAGCACCUCUUUCCCUAGAGUAAAAAGAGCAGGUAAGAAGCCUCCUUAAAGUGCACACCGGGAAGGGGAGCCUUGGUGGGAAGUCUCCUCCAAUAAUGAUCUGAUAGAAAACGGAUCUUUCAAGGCCCAAAACUGAAAGCAGAUAUUUGCCUCCUGAUUUUGGGAGGCUCCCAAAAAAUGGAUCAGGCCCCCACUGAAAGCUGAGACACGAAACGGGUCAAGAUUUACCCCGAAUGCACAAGCCUAGUAGUAACAUCUCAUGCAUGUAUCAACAAUGGAGAGGAUUAUUGCCAAAGAUAAGGAAUCCCAAGAAAUGCAUUCAGAGUGGUCAUAACUUUGUAUUUCAAAGGUUCUGCAGCCUUUACAGUUCUCUACUAAAAACCUAGUCCAAAUUAGCAGAGUGCCCCCAGUUUGAUUCACUUAUAAAACAGUUUAAUCACUAGUUUUAUACUUGCCUUCCUGUUGAAGUUGGGAUAUUGUGAAAAUCACAGAUGUCUAUUAUAACGAUGUAUCAGAAUAUGAUAAACAAUAAUGGUCCAACAUGCGAGUUGAAGACAGUAUGUAUAUUAGAGCACCAUAUACAUACCACGUUAUCUAAAACAUAACUAUGUCCUCUGAAAUCAUAUAGGAUUAAUACCAAAAUAUUAUUUAUCUAAGUAUGUCAAAGCAAACAAGUAGAUAUACAAGUCUCUGUAGUUACAAUAAUAACAAAGGUAAAUUCCAGAAUAAUGGAAAAGGGAUCCGUCUUUAAUCCUGGUGAAUGGCCGAUAGAAGACGAGCUGGUUACGUCUUGGAAAACAGGGGUUAUAUGGUUGUUUAUAACUGGUUUCCCGGGUAUAUCUCCAGUUUCAAUUGUCCUUCAGAUAAGCGAUUAUAUAGUUCUAAAUCCUUUUUGUUAUAGUGAUAUAUGUUGGCUCUGCUUCAGGUAUUUUGUCCACAGUAAGUCUCAAUUCGCGACACAAGACGUAACCAGCUCCAGCCUUCUAUCGGCCACUCACCGGGAUUAAAGACGGAUCCCUUUUCCAUUAUUCUGGAAUUCACCUUUGUUAUUAUUGUAAAACUUUUACCAGAAUUGAUUUUUGACUGAGACUGUUUUAUACCAAUUUAUGUUUAAUCCAGUGGAAAUACCUCCAGGAUUAUAAAAAUGCGGAGACUGUUUGAUUCCAAUCCAUGGUUAACUUGGUUGAAAUCUAUAGGGAAUCCUUCCAGAACUACAGAGACUUGUAUAUCUACUUGUUUGCUUUGACAUACUUAGGUAAAUAAUAUUUUGGUAUUAAUCAGAGGACAUAGUUAUGUUUUAGAUAAUGUGAUAUGUAUAUGGUGCUCUAAUAUACAUACUGUUUUCAACUCGCAUAUUGGACCAUUAUUGUUUAUCAUAUUCUGAUACGAAGUUGGGAUAUUCCCAGGUGUUUUGAGCUGUGGAGUUUGUAUAUAGGGAUGUAGAUAUAGUUAAAGUGUGAGAUUUGUUACCAUAAAGAUGCAGGAAUGGUUGCCAGCUGGGAAACCUUUUCCAGGGAAUUAAACACAUUCAUGGGCUUAGGGACACCACUGGUUCUUGUCUGCGUAGUUACGUAUCAUCUUCAGUAUCAGAGGCACUCUGCCUUUGUGUGUCCAUUUCUGGGAUAUGCAAUAUGGAAAAUGCAGCUAUGCUGCUUCUCUCGCUGGCAGAUCUCCCAAGGGCAUCGGCCAGCCAUCGAACAGAAUACUAGAUUAGAAGAGCCAUUGGUCUGAUCUAGCAUGGCUCUUAUGUUUUUAUGACCUCUGUGGAACAAAAUGUCCUUUUACUUCUCUGCCUCCCGCCAUUAUUUCUUCAGGCAUCGUAAUAAGAAAAUGGUAGCGAGGAAUGCCUCUGUUUUAGUGUCUCGCUGUUUGUGAAAUGAGAAACAAACCUCCCAAAUUGGAUUCUGGAAUUAUAAUUAAAUACAUUCAAAACAAAUAGGAUUUCUGUUUAUUUUGUCAUGGCUCUACAUAAGGUUACAGUGCUUAACCAAUUGACUGGCCAGGGUAAUUGAGUUAUACACUUUUGAUCAAGUAGAAAUAUGCCCCUGAUUAAUCAUGUUGUGAAUUACUGGUUUUUAAAAAAGACUUAAUAAAGGAACUUAUAAAAAAAGA